ACAAAAUGUCUUUUUAUUCGUGUUGAUUCUUCCCUGCAUCUUAUUUUUAGACAUUUUACGUUAUAUCCAAUGCAGUUUUUCCGGCAAGCUGCUUUGAUUUUAAUUUUGAGGUGAUAACCGGUGAAUAUGUUGAUAAGACGGGUGCACAGGCGCGAAGUUUCGCGGUGUAUAAGCCUAUUCGGCGCGGGGCACCGUCAGUUUUCGAGUCGCUUAGAUGCCUUGGAUCAUGAGGAGAAGCUGGAUGGGUGCUUGGAGAAGCUGCCGUCGGAGGCGAAGGUGGUGAUAUGCGGCGGCGGCGUGAUGGGGGCGGCGGUGGCGUACCACCUGGCGAAAAGAGGCUGGGGCGACAAGACUAUACUUAUCGAGAAAGAGAAGGUCGGCGCCGGCAGCCGCUGGCACUCCUCAGGCCUCAUCGGCGCCUUCAAGCCGUCCCUCGCCCAGGUGAAACUGACGCAGUCCUCCAUCAGACUCCUGCAGGAGCUGGAGGCGGCCGGCCAGAGCACUGGCUGGAAGCAGUGCGGCUCGCUGCUGCUGGCCAGGAGCAGGGACCGCGUGACGCUGUACAGGAGGAUGAGGAGCCAGUCCGUUUCAUGGGGCAUCCCCUGCGAGCUAGUCUCCUCCGCUCGUUGCCGGGAGCUUUGCCCCCUCCUGAACGUGGAAGACAUCUUGGGCGGCCUCUGGAUACCGGGGGACGGAGUGGCUGACCCUCAUCUAGUGUGCAUGGCGUUGAUGAGAGAAGCUGUGGCCAAGGGUGUCGGCGUGAUGGAGAACUGCUCAGUAACCGCGGUGCACUCCAAAGAGGAGCGCGUGGCGGGCGUGGAGACUAGCCACGGCUCCAUACAGUGCGAGUUCUUCGUCAACUGUGCCGGCUUCUGGGCGAGGCAGGUGGGCCAGUUGGCCAAGCCCCAGGUGAAGGUGCCGCUGCUGCCGUGCGAGCACUAUUAUCUACACACGAAGCCUAUAGACGGACUUGACCCGAUGACACCAGUGGUACGAGACCCUGACGGGUACAUCUAUAUGCGGGAAAGAGACGGCUGCAUUCUAGCCGGCGGGUUCGAACCUGUUGCAAAGCCCGUUAACGAGGAAGAAAUCGACACGGCAGCGCAGAGAUGCGUCCAAGAGGACUGGGAUCACUUCCACGUGUUGCUGCAACAGUUACUGCGCCGCGCGCCGAGCCUCGCGCAGGCGCAGCUACACAAGCUGUGCAACGGCCUGGAGGCCUUCUCACCGGAUUGCAAGUGGAUCGUGGGUGAAGCGCCGGAGAUGUUCAACUACCACGUAGCGGCGGGCAUGAAGACGGUCGGCAUCUCGGCGGCGGGCGGCGUCGCCGAGGCAACCGUGGAGCAGCUGGUGGACGGCUACACGCGAUACGAUAUGCACGAGCUCGACAUCAACCGGUUCCUGGGGCUGCACAACAACAAGCGCUUCCUGCGCGACCGGAUCAAAGAGGUGCCUGGUGUCCACUACGGGCUGCCGUACCCGUUCCACGAGUUCCAAACGGGCCGCAACCUCCGCAUGUCCCCCUUGUACCCCACGCUGCGCGACAACGGCGCCGUGUUCGGCCAGGUCAUGGGCUACGAGCGGCCCACGUGGUUUGAGCCCGUCGAAAAAUCCCCCGAUGACACACUGAAGCCGCGUCCGUUCAAGAUCGCCCACACGAUGACGUUCGGCAAACCGCACUGGUUCGACACCGUCCAGCGCGAGUACUGGGCCUGCCGCGAGGCGGUGGGGCUCGCCGACUACUCGUCCUUCACCAAGAUCGACCUGCAGUCGAAAGGCCGCGAGGUUGUCGACCUACUCCAAUACCUGUGCUCCAACGACGUGGACGUACCAGUUGGCUCCAUCAUACACACGGGCAUGCAGAACGAGAGAGGCGGCUACGAGAAUGACUGCAGUCUCGCCAGGAUCGCCGAAAACCACUACAUGAUGAUAGCCCCAACCAUCCAGCAGACGCGCUGCAAAGUGUGGAUAAAGCGUCACAUGCCGCGCGACGGGUCCGUGACGCUCUCGGACGUGACGCCGAUGUACACCGCCGUGUGCGUCAUGGGCCCCUUCACCAGGAGCCUCAUGGCCGAGCUGACUGACACUGAUCUGUCGCCGAGCAACUUCCCCUUCUUCACGUUUAAGGAGUUGGACGUGGGCCUGGCGAACGGCAUCCGAGCCAUGAACCUCACGCACACAGGCGAACUGGGCUACGUGCUCUACAUACCCAACGAGUUCGCGUUGCACGUUUACCAACGCAUCAUGGCGGCCGGAGCGAAGUACGGAAUAAGCCACGUCGGUUACUAUGCCUCGCGCGCUCUACGCGUGGAGAAAUUCUUCGCGUUUUGGGGACAAGACCUCGACACCACCACCACCCCUUUGGAGUGUGGGAGGACCUGGCGCGUCAAGUUCCAGAAAGACAUCCCAUUCAUCGGGCGCGCGGCGCUCGAGCGCCAACGCUCCGAGGGCAUCCGCCGGCAAUACGUGCAGCUCCUCCUGACAGACCACGAGCACGAGCUCGACCCCUGGUGCUGGGGCGGAGAACCCAUCUACCGGGACGGCGUCCAGUGCGGGUCCACCACCACCACCAGCCACGGGUUCACCUUCAAGAAGCAGGUGUGCCUCGGCUUCGUCCAGAACCUGGACGAGCAGGGCGUGGCGCACCGCGUGACCAACGACUACGUGCUCGGCGGCCAUUACGAGGUCGACAUCGCGGGCAUCAGAUAUGCAGCAAAAGUGAAUCUGCACUCUCCCAACCUACCGACCAAAUACCCGGACAAGGAGCGUGACGUGUACCAGGCCACCAGGAAACACGACCAGCACCUCGGCAGGCACUACCAGCCAUAAUAUAAAUAUAUUGAACCCACAACCUCGUACUGAAGCUAUCUAUCAUUCGACCAGAAAACAGUAGGCACUACCAGCGUUAAUGCAAACCUUUUGAACCCACGAGCCACCGUACUGAAGGACUCUGUACCCUUAACCUGCCUACAAAGUACCAGGGGAUCAGAAAACAUAAAUAGGCACCUCGACAGGCACUACUAGCCUUAAUAGAAACAUAUUGAACCUACUAGCGCUGAUACUGCAGGGCUCUUGUACCCCUUGCCUGCCUACAAAGUACCAGGCCACCAGGAAACACAACCAGCAUCUCGGCAGGCACUACCAGCCAUAAUAUAAACAUUGAACCCACAACCUCGUACUGUAGGCUCCUGUACCAGAACUAAAAAUCUAAAUAAUGGAUUUGCAAUAUUUUAUAAUAUUGUAGUAAUCUGUGGGUACAGACCGACAGUUAUCGGUUUGGCCAAAAUAUUCAUGAACAACAUACUGAAAUUGAAUACCGGUAUUCAUCGGAACCGGUAUUCGGUAGUUUUACUUAAAAUUCAUCAAUUCGUAUAAAUAAAUAGAAUUUCUAACGCCAACCGUCUAAAAUUCGCCUGUAAAGUUAUAAUUUCGAUGAUUAUAGGAUUUAUAGGUAUACUAAUGUUGCCUUUAGUUACUCACGAAAUACAUAUGAAAAUGAUUUAAACCGCGUAAAAAAUUAAUAUUAAAGUUCAGGGGGGUUACCAUGACGUGUUAAAGCCGUUUAGUUUAGGUUGAGAGAGAGGGACGGAGCUAUGUAACUGCUAUAGCUGUGUCCCUUUCACUCAACCUAAACUGAACGUCUUUAGUACGUCAUGGUAACCCCCCAGCUGUCACAUUUUGUUCAAAGAAGAGAGAUUUUAUUGUUAUUUAUAGGCCAAAACAAUAAAAACGAAAAUAGAUGAUGCCAGAAAUUUAUAUUUUACUUGGAAAUCUCUAAUAAGCUUUGUAUAGAUGUUAUAAGUGUAUAUAUAAUCAUUGUUUGCUAUGUAUAUUAUCAGUGGCAAAUGUAUAUUUGUAAAAGAAUAAUCAUUGGUUUCAAACCAAAAUCUUAAAUAUUUUGUAGGUAGUGUACUAUAAUUUGAAUGUACUUGCCAGUGCAAUGUUACUUUUGACGUGAAACGUUAGGUGCACGCAGUAGACAGGUAGGACCGAAAACGAGACACUAUUAUUCUGUACUAACUUUUAGCCGCGGCUUCGCUCGCGUUAGAAAGAGACAAAAAGUAGCCUAUGUCACUCUCCAUCCCUUCAACUAUCUCCACUUAAAAAAUCACGUCACUUCGUCGCUCCGUUUUGCCGUGAAAGACGGACAAACAAACAGAAACGCACACACACUUUCCCAUUUAUAAUAUUAGCAUGGAUUUGAGCACUGACUUCGGCCCUGCGUGGAUCUUAGCCUUCUGCCUUCUCCGUAGCGGUAGUUCACACCACGUUUCACGUCAACCAUUGCGGCUGUGUCUCACGCAGCCUGCCCUAAUGCCUCUAAUUUAUUUAGGCGUAGAGCUAUCUUAAAUAUGUAUAUCAUGUGGACUGAAUAUUAAACCUUAAGUAAAAAUUCACAGCAUCUAGAAUCUCCGGAAAGAGUGGAACUUACCAUUAAUGCAAUUACUUCCAGCGAGAGUUUACAGCAUGUCUUUUCCGGUUUGCAGCGAAAUAUCGCUGGCUUUUCGCUGGCAGUAUAACUGUUUAAACUCAGUAAUAAUGUAACUUGUUAAAAUUUUAUAUAUUAAAGUUUACGUAUACUAUUAAUUUGUUAAUUUAUAACAGAAGUUUAUAAAUUAUUUAUAAAUGAUGCAAAGCGUCAAUCUUGCCUUAUUAUGGAAUAGCUCAAUUUUUGAAUUGUAUUAUUAGUUGGAGUUAAGCAAUAAAAAGCCAAUUAUGAGUAAGUGUCAAUUUUAAUAGGUGAUUAAUAAAUUUUAGAUAUGAA